AUGAAUGAGAAACAAAGGUUGGAGAGUAAAGGGAUAAGGUUAUCAAAACCAUCGCAGAGACCUUUAUUCGAUUACCCCAAAUAUUUAAGAGGAUUUGAUUGCUUAAAUUUUCAAAUAGCGAUAAAUCAAUGGGUAGGGAAGACGGGACUUCACUUCAACACAAAUAAUGUAAUGGAUAAAUUAAGUCCAACGGAAUUAAAAUCCAAGACGGAAUUAUGUAAUCAAAUCUUGGGACCUUUUCUUUUAUCCCAUUCAAAAAAUUUAAGACAUCUCAAGUAUGAUCAUGAUAGUACGGGGAUAUCAAAUAUUUUAACCGCAUAUUCAUCUAAUGAAUUCUUUCAAAUGUUUAUCAAACUUGAAACGUUAGAAUUAAAGGACACGAUAUUUCAUGAAAAUUGGGUAUCACGCGCGGAAAGGAUCUCACAAUUUGCGAGCAAAUUAUCAUUAUGUAAUCGUAAAUUACAAAAUAUUUCAAUCGCUCUGGAGAUUGGGAUGAAGAAACAAAUUCAACCCAAAUAUUGUAGGUCGAUAUUAGAAUUGAUUAAAUCUCAAAAUCAUUUGAGAACUCUUGAAAUUUGUGAAUUUUGGAAUUCAUCAUGUUCGAAUUUAUUUUUUGACGCAUUAAAAAGUCAAUCAAAUUCUUUAACAUACCUAAGUUUAACCAGGUUAUCACAAUAUCAUUUAUUAUUACCGGUAUUAUUACAAUGUAAAAAUUUGGUGACAUUGGAAUUUUGGACGAUUAAAGAACAGGAUGAGAGGGAUUUAGAUUUCGCUGGUUUAACGUGUUCCAAACGACAACUUUCAAUAAAAAAAUUCAUCUGUUACGAUCAUGGAGAUGAUCCAGAUUUUUUGACCCUAGUUAGAGGAAUCAUAAUUAGGAUGGCGAAUAAAAAUUUAAGGGAAUUAAAAUUUCAAAAUGUUACGGUAGAAUUACUUGAUCUGAUUCAGAUUUACACUUCAAACAUUUCAAAUCUAUAUUUAACCAUCGAUUAUUCAACUCUGUUGCAUUUAUUACCCAUCUUAUCAUCAUUACGUAACCUUGAAUCUUUAUAUUUAUUUGAAUAUAAAAAAAUUUCUUUAACUUUUGAAUUGAUCGUUCACAUGGCAAAAUCGAUUCCAAAAUCUUUAUCUUACUUGGAUAUAACAUUUCAUUUGACUCCCGUGAUGUUAAAAAUUUUAUUGGAGAAUUGUCCCGCAAGGUUAAACGUUUUGGUAUUGCAUAUUGAUGGGAUGGAUGAUAAGUACCUUAAAGUUCUUAUCGAAUAUGCUCAAAGAUAUCAAAGUCUCGAUACAUUUAAAUUUGAUGGUGACAAGAUCAAAUUUAGUUAUGAAAUGUAUAACAAAGCCGAGAGCGUUAUCUCUGUCAUUAGAAAUUUCAGAACGUUUACCUUGAAAUAG